CAGUCAACUCAUAGUUGUGCAAUUAGGUUUGGCUAUCGUCAGGCAAGUUUCAACGCGUCGCGCUCGUGUCUGUCCGAAAAACAUCAUUGCAACCUGGCCUUCCGCCACUUGGUAUGAACUCUCCGCAGCGCCAGGAGUAUUCUUCUGCUCGUUUUGUUACGAAGAGCACAUCGCGGCAACUCGGUUCGGCCAGGCAUUUAGAGAAGUUCCCGCCUUCCCACCACGUCCGAUGAGAUGUGGUUAUUGGGCGCCACGCGUACGAAUUCUCUUCAAUGGGGCCCUCAAGACUGGAGAUUUGUCCCCACUUGUUGCAUAUCUCGAAAUUAGGGCCUCAAUGCCUGACUGUUUAGGGAGCAGAGGGUACGUUCCAGGCCCUGAACCACGCAUGGAAUGGUUCACUCUCAAAGUGGAUCCCAACAAUCCUAACGAUUCCUUGUCCGGUUUCAUCGUUUGCCGUGCGUGCUACGAGGAUGUCGUGAUGGCAACUCCUCAUUAUACCCAUUUCCGAAAGCAUUGGCGCACUCAGUUGCCAGACCAGGAUCUUGUGUGGAGUGCGGUUGUGACGAAGUUGUGCAGUGGAUUCAGAAAGAAAUGCUAUCGGAAAAGCAGGAACCACACCGAGUUGUGGUGGAGACUCCGGGACAACUUGGAUAUCAAGUCUCUUGCCGUUUGUGACCCUUGCCAUAAGAGGUUUAUCGCUCCUUCCGAUUAUCUCACCGAGUGGGAACCCGUAUCGCAGUCAGAGCCACUCAUCUCGCCCUCUAUUCAGGAGCCCCUCCUGGCAUGUGCGAUGAGUGAUAGCCGCCUCCUAUGCUCUUGGGAAAUUGCCAGACUCUUGGGUCUUCCUGUGAGUACAUGGCGUGAGGUGGCCCUCGUCAUUCUCCAUUGCGAACCCUGUACCCGGCAGGAAGAAAUUGGAAAGAAAUGGUAUCGGAUCACUUCAUCCCCAAACCUCUGUAACAUCUGCUCAGGUUGUUACUACACAUUCUUUUAUGCCCUCGGAUUCGGGUCUCAUUUCUAUCGUGACACUGUGAACCCGGACGAUGGAGCAACAUCGCAGCGGAGAAUCUGUGAUCUGUAUCCUUACUCUCCUUACUUCCCUACGCUUAUCCGAAAGCUUUAUGAAGCCGGUGCGGUCGGUGAUAUUGAUAUUUUCCUUCGGUAUGUCCGGGAGAGGAAGGACUUACGCCUUUGCCCACUUGGUCAUGUCGAAGCGGAUCCCGAGCCCAUGAGAUGGUAUGGGGACGGGGACAGCUUCAUUGCCUGCGAGGAGUGUUAUUUCGACGUCAUCCGUAACAGUUCGUUGGCCCAACACGUGCGGCGUUGUGACCCACGAAAUUCUUCUCAGUACCAACGGUGCACAUUAUGGUCGGACCGCAUGAGGACGCAAUGGGCGAAUGCUUGUCAACGUGGAGACCUGACGGAGUUCACAGAUUUCUGUAAGACUCGAGCCUGGGCUUUCAAGGAAACGAUGUUCAGGGCAAUACAGAUGAAUCGGGAGAUCAAUACACAACGGGGGCUAGGAGCUGGGGAAAGAGGUGAGGCGAAGGCCACGAUAGAUAGGCUGUUUCAACAGUGGCAAGGUUGGUGUUAAUGCUUUCGCUCCAUAUAUGAACAUUCCGUGUUCUCCUCUUGGGCUCUAUGUAGUAUUGUACGGAUGUAUAUGGGAGUUGACAGGAAUGAUUUUUCAUGCGUGUUCGUGCACUUAUGCUUAUGCUAUCUGUAAUGGCGAAAUCAAUGGGGCAUUUUAGGGGAUAGCUGUUUGAUCUCCAUCUGCCAUUUGGCCUUGC